CCAAAAAAGAAAGAAAAGAAAAACUAAUUGAAUCCAACGCCAUAGACUAUAGUCUGCGACCAGGAGGGGCGGCUUGCGAGGAAGACGGGUGCGACGGAAGAGCUGUGACCGACGAAGCCCACCCACUCGGACGGUGAGGAAGACGUAUGCGACGGAAGGGAAGGAAGCCUUGAAGAGGAAGAGGAUUUCGAAUCUACCGAAGAAUGUUGAGGCUGGUUUCAAAGAGAAUCUUGGGAGUGUCACGGGAGGUGCCAUCACCAACACUCCAAGUUCUGCCUCAAUUCUCCCUUGAGAAGGUUGUUGAUCGCUACGAUGACCUGCAGAAUGUCGGACACUUCAAUGAGAUUGACCCCAUCGUCAGUAUGGGCUUGGCUAGGGCACCCACUCGUAGGGAUGACAUGAAACUCCAUAUUAAGGGCGAUGAAAAGACUAGAAAGAUUGUUGAUGUUCACUUCUGGACCUUUGGCUGUGAUUUGGGUGUUGCCUCUUCUUCAGUGGGGGAGCAAAUGGAGGGAGUUCCAUCCAUCAAAAACAUAGAAAUUGCAAGGCAUCUAUCAUUUCGUCCGUUUAAGGUUCACUGCAGCAUGUUUGCUGAGGAUGCCAUCAAAGCGGGUGUUAAAAGCUACGAAGCUAAGCGAGCCUUGGCAACAGCCGCUGAGGCGACGUCUGGAGAGACAGCUGCCACCCCGGUCAUGGCACCUAUGAAAAAUACACUUCGUCCGAUAUCUCCUCAUCUUUCUAUUUAUAAGCCUCAGUCCUCCUCCAUGGCUUCAAUUUUUAAUAGAAUCUCUGGUGCUUCCCUCGCAGCUAUGGUUUUGGGUUUUUAUCUUCUAUGUCUGAAAAUGCCUUUGGUUUGCUUCACUUACGCUGAAUUCUACCAAUUUUUUCAUUUUUCGUCAAAGUUCAGCCUAAUCUGUGCCGAUAUUGCUGCUGUUGCCCUGUGCUAUCAUCUGGUUGAUGGGAUUAAGAGAUUACUGCAUUAGCUCCGUCCUAUCAUCUGUAUGCCGGGGAUAAUGAUGGAGAAAACGGCCAUUGUUAUGGUUUUCUAAUGUUGUCAAGUUUAAGUUCAGUGAGUUGAUGAUCACUUGUCUUGACGGCUUAGUUUGAGCUUUAUGUAAUAAAGAUGUUCUUGCAUUGGACGCUAUCAUCUAUGUAAUGAAUGCAACAACUUGAACAUUGCUUA